AUGAGAUUUUACUGUUUCGCUGCCAGCUUGUUAGCUUUGAGCAUGUGUGAAGCAAUAAACAGGCCUGUAUACAAGAUUAUAUUAACGCAAAAAGGAUUCGCACAGUUUCUGCAGUAUGACGUUGACACGCCCCCGUUAAGAGAAUUUACAUUUUGUACCUGGAUAAAAUUUUACGAUUUCACACGUGAUCAAACCCUGUUCAAUUAUAUCGUGCAUGGCAACGACCAUAUUCUAAGGUUAUGGUUGGAUUCUGGAGGGCAUUUUAUAAAAAUUUCCCUCAACGGAAAAGUUUCUUCGAGUAACCCAGUUGAUUUUAGCAAAGGCAUAUGGCAGCAUGUCUGUUUUUCGUACCAAUCGGAUUACGGAGCAUGGGCUCUUUACACUGACGGUCGCCUAGUGGCAUGUGAAGUUUCACAGAGUCUCCAAGGCUUUGUCUUACCGGCUGGUGGAAGUGUUAUUAUCGGUUAUGGCACAUCUAAUGACGGGGCUUCGGGAGGAUUAGAAGGGGAAAUAUUCGGCGCUAAUAUGAUAUUGGCAUCCACUAUUGAAAGAAACUAUACAAUGAAAAGAAAUCCAAAGUUCAAACAAAGAUAUUUCCAUAAAAACAAAGUCACUAGCACGAACAACAUUAAGUACAUUAUCCUUGGAGACAUGCAGACUGCAACCACUCAUAACAAAAUUGAAACCACGACGUCACCAACUUCCAGUACACAAAGUUAUAUUUCAAUUAAAACUCCUUACAGCACUGUGGAACAUGAUGUAGGCAUUGAUUUAAUACCUCAAAGAAAUACAGAUAAUAUGCUAGGAGAAAAGGCCUCUUUGCAUCAGUCGGGAGCAAAAUCAAAACGGAUAUCGAACGAUGAUGACAAAAUUAGUUUUUGGAACAUUAUAGAUGACGCAACAAGUACUCCUAUUUUUAAAGGAAAAUCGCCUUUUUUCCAAGAUUCACAAAACAAGCUUAGUUUAUCAACGUACGAAAUGCCACCAUCCACUAGUCAGGUAGAGGAUUAUUCUAAGUUUCAAACAAACUCGUUUAUGAAGAUAUCUGCAAAACCAAUGAUUGAUUUUAAUAGAAACUCUAUCAUGAAGACAAUUAAAUUACAAAAUGCGGCAAUAUCAAACAUAAAAACUUCACCAGUAAAUUACAAGGAUAACAAUAUGUUCGGCCUACGCCCUGCAUCUAACUUUGCUAAUAGCGUUUUAAAAUAUCUUAAAAAUAGUAAUAUAAACACCAAGAAUGAUUACAGAAAGGUACCGCCUACAAUCCCUCUUUUCAAGGUGUCUGAUUCAUUUCCAUAUGCCUCUAAUACGAGAUUAAUGAGAGCGUUUACGCCCCAUAUUUUCCAAAGAAAACAUAUGUUUGAUCAUCAUUCAAAACUUAUGAAGCGCGAUAUAGAAAACCAUCAGAUAAACGUUCAAAUACUGAAAGAUGAAUUAAGAGACGGCAUUCUAAAAUCUCACACCAAAUUAAAUCCAAUAAACGUUGAGAUAACGAAUAGAGGUAAAAGAAAAAGUCGAGUUUAUAGAAAAAGCGACAAUAGUAAACCAGAAAUAAUUUUAUCCGACGUUUUUAAGCCAAGGCCGUUUUCUGUUGUUACACAUAAACUAAACAAAACGUUUCCUUUAGAAUUCAGAAAAAACACGAGAAUGCCAUUUUUAAAAUCAAGUGAAUAUUCGGUAGAGGAUAAAAAAAUUGAUACAAGCGAUACAAAAAACGAGGCUUAUUCAAAAAGUUUAUCAGAUGGCAACAAAUGGCACAAUGUUAAAACUUAUAGUAACGAUUACACCCCAAGAAAAAUAAAUGUAGAUUUAUCUGGAACGCACACUAACAAAGUAAUAGAUAAUAUUCAAAAUAAAAAGUUACCAUCAAUUAAAUUAAAGUAUAUACCAGACAACCACAAAGUAAUAAAAACAGAUAUAGAUCAUGACAUAAUACAAGGUCGCAAUCUCGCUAUAGAAAUAUCAAAUACUUCGAAUGCACACUCAGAGACAGUUUCUAUACUAAAGUAUAAUCAUGGAUUUCUACCUGGUCAUGAACAUGUAAAAAAUGUGACAUCAUCAAGUGCAUCUGCCCUCAUAAAGGGCUUGAAGAAAGAGCAUAAUUUUAAUCAGAAUAUUAAAAUAGGGAACGCUUUAAACGAACGGCACAUAAUCGGAGUCGAUGAAACACAAAACAGACAGAGUUUUGUCGGUGGAAAUGAAAAUAUUCCAGACAUAAUUAGAUACAGAUCAGAAUUAGACAAAACCAAUGAGCAAGUUCCUCCUUCACUAGGAUCUAAAGUAUGCAAAAACCUUGAACUUUUUGAUCGUUUACUUUACAUACAACCAGAUGGAAGUGUUGAUACUACACAUAUACUAUCGCCUUUAAAGGAAAAGAACAUUGGAAUAACGUUCAUUGUGCAGAAUUAUAAGAAAUGUUCUUUACAGGAAUCCGACAUUGAAAAUCAUCCGUUAUUAUUUAUUGAUUGGAACAACACACCAGUCAGACUCUUUGGUGGAGCCAAUCCGAGGAAAACUACGGAUCUCUGUGGCUUUUUUUAA